CUUGGCUAUGGAUGUUGUGAUUGUCCGUAGGUGGUACAUGGUCUCUGACUGUCGAACGCGGAGGUACCACCCGGCGGUUCUCGUAGGCGGAGCCAGAAUGUGUGCUAGUUGCAUAGUCCGUGUGGCGUCCCCCCCUUUCCCAUGUAUCCCCCUAUAGCCCCACGGUACCCAAUGGGUGCUUAGGCCUUAGGCCUUCGUGGUAGUUGG